CUUGACCUAACUUGGCUCGCUCCAGCCCGGGGAAUGGCAACGUUCAGUUGCGAUACAUAGCAGCGUCCUCACAGCCUCCGGCCAGGCUUCAUUGUUUCACCGGAACCAAGUGCCUGCAUCACUGGCUUGCUGUGUUACCUCUGACGACUCUCAGUCCGAUUCUUACCUUACCUUGACAGCACUUGAGGUCUGCUUGACUCCCAUGCUCCUACGGUCCCUCUUAACCCCUCACCACCACCUACCAACACACUCCAACCACUGCAAUUCCAGCCUCGCUAUAAGUUUUGCAAGUUGAGCAGUUCCUUGAGGUCCUCUCCGACCGUCUCCCAUCCAGAAGGAAACAUUUCCAGACCGCUCAACGUCACGAUCCCCACAGAUCCGUCGCGCAGAACGGCCGCCCUAGUUCCGAGUGACGUGGUGGCGUCAGCGAGUCGAAGACCCUUUGUCCAUGAGCCCCUCGUCGCCCAAGGCUGCCGCUUAAGAGAUGGUGACGCGAAAGCCGCUGCCGGACAAUGCUGUUGUCCACCCGGGCAUUGCGCCGAGCCCAAGCCUCGACGGCACAGACGCUGGCCCCCAGACGCCUGCCAAGUCUCAGGCUGUUUCUGGCCACAGACCUGUCGACGAUGCUGCGGACAUCUCAGACACCGAUAGUUGGGAGCGGGAUACCGAUAGCGAAGACGAAGACGAUGCGCCACCUCAUUUACAGCACGACCAACCCAAAGAGAAGGGAAUUGAGGUAGCAGAGAAUGGUGGCGUGGCAGCAAAGGAUAACGGCGGCAGUCCCAGUGUACUGCAGCCGGCUACCACAGGAGACUCGUUCCAACAUUCAGCGCCAAUGCUCGGCGGAGCAGGAGAAACGAACCCUUUCAGGAGAAAGAUGUCACAGUCGAACGGGCAGCGCGGUAACGCGGUGCCGCCAACACCCAGCGAAACGCCCCCAGUACCCCCAGCAGCCGCCUUCGCGAAAUUGGAUCUCGACGAGACGAGCUCAAAUCCCUGGCAACCUGCGCUAGGUGAUCAGAAGUCUCUGGCGCCACCAACGAUCACGACUACGGCCGAGCAAGACCCGGACCAGCAAGUAUGGGCGUCCCAAGUGCCAUCCAGAGCAGCGUCGACGGGCCCAGCCUCAAACUCUCCAGCAAUACAGUCACCUACUCCUGAGGAGAAGGGCACUUGGGGUGAUGAUGUUCCAGAGAAGUCCUCUAUUGCGGUCCCUCCGUCUUUCAGAACGUCUCUCGAGGACCAGGCGCUGGAGCAAGACAGCCAUGCUUGGGAUGAUGUGGCGACCUUAGAUAAAGGCAAGGGACCCGAGAAGCCUGCACUGGCCACCGAGACUGCCUCAGCGGUUUCGCGUGAAGCCGAAAACAGCCUCAUCGACAUAGGAUACGAGCCCAGUCCUGAUCCCUCUGGGCAACCAUCCCAAUCCUCCGCCCAGCCCGAGGAAGCCGCACCUAGCUUACCCCCCAGGCAUUCAGAGAAAGCUCCGGCCUUGCUCCCUGCAGCAACCGUCUCCGCGAAAACGGAAACCUACCAGAUCAAGAACAUCACCUGGCACGAUGCCAAUGCGGUCAAUAACAUGCGAAAAUCCCCGAUCCUCGUGCAGAAUGCAAACGGUCCUUGUCCGCUCAUGGCACUUGUUAAUGCUCUCACUCUGACGACUCCUGCAGACGCAGCGGACGCGGUCCUCGUCAACACAUUAAAGACAAGAGAACAGAUCAGCCUCGACCUUCUGCUUAACGCCGUUUUUGAUGAGCUCAUGUCUGAGCGUAGAAUCACUUCUGAUAUGUCCUUGCCUGAUAUUACCGAGCUCUACGAAUUUCUAAAAGGUCUACACACUGGGAUGAACGUCAAUCCCAGGUUCAUACCCACAGAAGAGACAGAGAAGGCCUUCAAACGGACCUCUUUGACCCAUCUUCAUCCCACUGAGAGAGGUGAGCUGAUCCCGGGUACGUUCGAGGACACGAAAGAAAUGUCGUUCUACAGAACCUUCCGGAUACCACUUAUUCAUGGGUGGCUGCCGCCACAUUCGGAACCUGUGUACGAGGCUUUGAAACGACAUGCCGAGUCGUAUGAGGAUGCUCAAAACAUUCUGUUUAGAGAAGAAGAGCUGGAAGACAAGCUCAGCAACACCUCUGGGGCGGGCCUCUCUGAGGAGGAGCAGGGUGUCUACCAGGAUAUUCUGAGCAUCAAGUCUUUCCUCUAUUCUGCCGCGACACAGCUGACGCCGUGGGGCCUCGAGGUUAUUACCAAGGCAAUGCGCCCCGGCUCUGUGGCGAUUCUUUUCAGGAACGACCAUUUCUCUACUCUAUAUCGGCACCCACAAACCCUACAAAUGUUUGCGCUUGUCACAGACGCUGGCUAUGCAGGGCACGACGAGAUUGUUUGGGAGUCCUUGGUAGACGUUAACGGCGAGAACUCCGAGUUCUUCUCAGGCGAUUUCCUCGUGGUUGGUGGCCCAGCGCAGAGCGAGGAGUAUGCAGCAUCAGGAAGCGCGUCCGCGUCAAAUAAACAACAAGAAUGGACGACUGUGCAGAGGAAAGGAGGCAAGAAGCCUGAAGUCGACGCACCGCCGAUGUCGCCCAAGGAGCAGGAGGACCGCGAUCUGGCACUAGCUUUGCAGCUGCAAGAGGAAGAAGACCAACGCCACCGGUCAGAGCAAGCCCAGCGCCGCAGGGAGACCCAGCUUUCCGAGCAGUUCAUCGAACAGCAAGCAGUACGACAAGGUCCUGUAGGCCUCCGGCAAACCAACAGCAACACCACUAGCACCAGCACCAACAACACUGGCAAUGGCAGUGGCAAUAACAACGUGCCCGUCACCACAGGCCGACGCCCAUCGACUGCCAGGGGUGGCGCCGCUGCCAACCCCAGCCGCGGAGGAGCACAAAAUUCUUCCCCUCGACCAGCUCAGCAGCAAGUGCGCCCACUCGUGCCUCCCGUCUUGCGCUCGCGAGGGGUUAGCCGCCCUGCUGACGAAGGCAAUGAUGAUGCACCACCUUCGUAUGAGGAUGCCGCCCGACAAAGUCCAUACGUCCCGCCUGCCGGACACCCGAGUCACCACGCCUCCAGCUCAACCCCCUCGGUAGCCAGCCCCGCCACACAGGGCCUGAACAAUCCGAGGCUUCCUGGCUCGCGGGCACCGGGGGUUUCAGCUGGGUCAAGCCCGGGAGGACAGCCCGCCGGCGGAUACCGGAGAGGGUCAAACACAGCUUUCAGACAAGGAGUUCCCCCUGCUGCGGCCGGAGGUGGUAGCAGGGAUAAGGACUGUGUUGUUAUGUAGGGACGUAAUAGGGGCACACAGAGGAGAGCAAGCCAGGGAGAGGGGCGGAAUCUCAGGCUCGGCGUCCACGGAGUGCGCGAGCACUGGAGAGCUAUCAGGCGCAAGGGUUCAUCCGCUGGCCCUGGGGAGAAUUGAGCAUCCGCUGGCGAAAGCUAUGGGAUGCGAAUAAGUGCCAGGCACAGUACGGUGCCCACGCCCGUAAGGCAGGCGCCAACAAUAUCAAUGAGGGGGAAAGGGGCAUGCACGGCGUUCAAAGGUCUCAGAUCGGGGUCCGGGUCGGCUCCAUGACUACAUAGCAACAUUCUUUAAUACGGUCACUGGCCGGCGGUAUCAUAUCGUAGCAUUACUACUCGAAAUCAAUUCACGGGCGUAUUGGAGUCGUACCUGGGUAGGCUCGGGGGAAGACGGGAUUGUGUUACUCUCCCCGUCCACGCAAACCCCCUCUCCUUUGCCGCUCUAGUCGGCUUAUAGUCUCCCUAGUCUAGAUAGGCAGUAAGUCAUCGUUAAUGAAAAGAUCGACAGACCACGCAUGGGCGACACAAGGC